GCUGUUGGCAAGGUGAUGGGAAGGCGGAGGGUGAAACAAGAUGGCGGUGCGGCGGGGGCGGGCCGGGGCCGCCCAGCUCCGCCCAGGGGCAGUGACACCGUAUGAAGCCGGCAAUGGAUGGCAGUGCUUUUAAACCGGUCUUUGGCGGCGACGGGCUGCUUGAUAUCCCUGUUGGUCGGGCUGCUGAUAGUGAGGUAUGGAGCUCGGCUGUCGGGUGGCUGUCGGCCUCAUGGCUCUGGCCGCCUUGUGUGUGGCCCAACCGGUGAAGUUUAAAGACUGCAGAUCUACAGCUGGAAAAAUUAUUAUAGUGGAUAUCACACCCUGCCCAUUGCUGCCAUGUGUACUCCACAAAGGACAAUCCUAUGCUGUGAAUGUGACUUUCGCUAGCAAAACAUCAAGUCAAAAAACUGUGGCUGCAGUUUAUGGCCUUGUGAAUGGCAUUCUAAUUCCAUUUAAUAUUCCUAAUGCUGAUGGUUGUAAAUCUGGGAUUCAGUGCCCCAUUCGGAGUAAUCAGAACUACCACUACCUCAACUACUUGCCAGUUAAAGAGGAAUACCCAUCAAUUAAAUUGGUGGUUCAAUGGGAGCUGAAGGAUGAUCUUGACAGAUACCUCUUCUGCUGGAAGAUUCCUGUACAAAUUACCAACUAAAUUAAUUUCUGUAUUCCUUACCACUGCAACAAUAUCAAGUUCAUUUAUCGAUGAUGCAACCAAGUAUUUUCUAUUAUCUGUGUAUUUAAAGACUGAGCCAAAUUUAAGCAAAUAGUGGUUUUUUUGCAUUAAUUUGUAUGUUUUGAACAUGCAUUUCUAAAUGAUUUUUGUCCUCGCAUUGCCUUUUUGUGAACAAAUGAGUGGAUCAAUAAACGAGAAUUACAGUUAAAUGUGAAUUUUUAAAAUCUGUGUCUUCUAAAUGUUCUUAAAUGGGUGAGUCAUCCUGAUAGAAGAUGACUUGCUUGCACUUUGGUUCUCUGGGUUCUAACAUGAU